GAAGAAAAUCCACCCACAGGAAGAACACCCGAAGGAAAACCACCCGCAGGAAGAUCCACCGAACACCCAAUGGAAGAACCAUCCGAAGGAAAAACCAUUUGCGCGAAAGACCGCUCAAAGGAAGCCACUAAACCAGAGCACUAUAGAUCGGAAACACUUCAGCAGGACAACACCUCGAAUUAUUAA